AUGGGCAGUCACCAUCACAGACUGUCACCAUCAUGGACAGUCACCAUCACGGACUGUCACCAUCAUGGACUGUCACCAUCACAGAGGUCAUCUUCACGAACUGUCACCAUCACGGACGGUCACCAUCACAGACUGUCACCAUCACGGACAGUCACCAUCACGGACUGUCACAAUCACGGACUGUCACCAUCACGGAGGUCAUCUUCACGAACUGUCACCAUCACGGACGGUCACCAUCACGGACGGUCACCAUCACGGACUGUCACAAUCACGGACUGUCACCAUCACGGAGGUCAUCUUCACGGACGGUCACCAUCACGGACUGGCACCAUCACGGACGGUCAUCUUCACGGACUGUCACCAUCACGGACGUUCACCAUCACGGACGGUCACAAUCACAGACUGUCACCAUCAUGUACUUUCAUCAUCACGGACUGUCACCAUCACGGAUUUUCACCAUCACGGACUGUCACCAUCACUGACUGA